UCUAGGGCAAGAAUUCAACGAUCUGAAUGGUGGAUUAAAACAGACAAUAGUCAGCUAAGUUGGACAGGGUCUCGCGAUGGACAUGGAUUUAAUUGAAGGGGAUAUGGUUCCUUACCCCAGACUUCCCCAACCCCCACAUGAUACCCCGAUCUCUCCAUUCGAUCGGUCAACCGUGGAUGCGGAGGCGAAAAUAUCGAAUAGUAUACGAUGCCAGGUACUAGAAGGGCUCAAAUGCAUAUAAGCAGUGCAUUUCCCCAAGUUCUGUCCCGAGCCUACUACACUUCAUGUAUUCGCGCCCAUACACAGUCUGUCGCCCAAUUCGUCCAGUCACCUUGGAUACUAGGUACUAGGUAGAUAUGGCAACUCAAUCACACAUUGGAAGUGCCCAAAAGGUGGCAGACCAGGAGUUAGAGGAGAAGCUAGGGCAUACCGCUAUUCUCGACGCCAAGCAAGCCACUGAUGAUGAGCAUUCCCAGACUCUAUGGCAAGGUCUACGAGAAAACCGGAAGGCUGUUAUGUGGUCAAUUCUGCUUUCCAUGACCAUUGUAAUGGAGGGUUACGAUGGCAUUCUCAUCGGUAAUUUCUUUGCCUAUCCCGAAUUCCAGAAGAAAUUCGGGCGAUACUUCGGCGAAAGGAUCGGCUGGCAAGUCACGGGUGAAUGGCAGACGGCUCUAAAUAUGGGGAGUACCGCCGGUGCUGUGGUUGGUGGAUUAAUCAACGGUUACGUGGCUUCCAGAUUCGGGUAUCGGUGGACUUUGAUCAUAUCCUUAGGUUUACUCAAUGCCUUCAUCUUCGUCGUCUUCUUUGCUCCCGGUAAGGAGGUGCUGCUCGUGGGUCAGAUUCUUUGCGGGUUGUCUUGGGGAGUUUUCGCAACGCUAGCGCCCGCGUAUGCAUCCGAAGUCUGCCCUACCAACUUACGUGCAUACCUUACUACUUAUGUCAACCUUUGCUGGGCUAUUGGACAACUCCUUGCUACCGGAGUACUUCGUGGAUGUCUUCAUAUACAAGGCGAAAUGGGUUAUCGUAUUCCAUUUGCCAUUCAAUGGCUAUGGCCAAUUCCACUUAUGGUGGUGUGUUACUUGGCGCCAGAGAGUCCUUGGUGGCUUGUUCGUGCGGAUCGUCUCGACCAGGCCAAGCAUUCCAUAGUAAGACUAAGUGGCGAGAAAACCAGCGACCAGAUAAAUAACCAACUUGCUAUGAUGGUACACACUAUUCGAAUAGAAGCUGAAGCGACAGAGGGAGCUACUUACCUCGAUUGUUUCAAAGGUCCGAACCUAAGGCGUACGGAGAUCGUCUGCGUUGCAUUCAUGGGGCAGAUUCUUUCUGGAAGCAGUUUCGCCUAUACGCCAACUUAUUUCUUCACCACUGCUGGUAUGGAUACUGCGCAGGCAUUUAAUCUAAGUCUAGGAGCGAAGGCUAUUGCUUUCACAGGAACUGUAUUAUCAUGGUGGCUCAUCUCAUACUGGGGUCGACGACCCUUGUAUGUUUGGGGCAUGGGCUUACUAUCUCUAAUCCUAAUUCUAAUUGGAGUCUUGGAUGUCUCUGCUGGUAAAAAAGGUCUCUGGCCAUCCGGAGGGCUCUGUGUUCUUUGGCUUUUUGUCUACUCUCUUACAAUUGGACCUCUAGCCUACAGCAUCAUCGCAGAAACCUCUUCUGUCCGCCUACGACCUCUUUCAGUCGUCCUUUCUCGUACGUCUUAUCAGCUUGUCAACAUCAUCUCACAGUUCUUUCAGGCGUAUAUGAUGAAUCCUGUUGAAUGGAACUUCCUUGGUAAAACUGGAUUCUUCUGGGGCGGCACUGCCUUUUGUGUUUUCAUCUGGUCUUACUUCCGUCUGCCCGAGGUAAAAGGUCGGACAUACGAAGAGCUUGAUAUCCUAUUCAUGAAGGAGGUCCCGGCACGCAAGUUCGCGUCCACACACGUUGACGCAUACGCUGCUGCCGUUUCAAUUGGCCCGGAUGAUAAAUUGGAGAUUGAGCAGAAGAAUUCUUCAACGUAAGCUUGUCAAGACUUAAUGGUUGGGCAGAUCUGCAGUUUGCGGCACGUACAUAAAUCCCACAACGAAAGACCCCCACUAUAUACACUAGGACAAAGACUUCCAAGCUGUGCCUAGCUAGAUAGGUAUGUGAUAGUAUGAAAGUUUUU